AUGUUCUUCCUCUUGCUCUUGGCGCUUUGUUCAGGUUUUAGCGCUGCUAUUGCCUGCCCUCCUCUCAAGGGGGAUAUCCAGUUUGACAACGUGUUUCAGUUAUACCCUGCUUACUUUGUGUGGGACUCUACGCGAUGCCUCAUCUAUGCCAGUUCUAUCUUCAACGCUACGGUGGCCGUCUUGGAUCCCUACAAGUCAGAGCUCUUGGAGAUUAUCAAGUUUCCUGGUAUGAGCCAUUCUGGCUUGGAAAAAUCUGAUAAGCGACUACCAGGGAUAUCCUUAGAUGUCGCUAGCAGCGUCCUGACAGUUAUUAUUCAAGCGGAUGAGUUCUUCUUGACCGGAGGUAACGACGUCAGUGGCGAUAAUUUCGUUAUCCGCUACGACCUGAACAAGAAAAGUAUCCUGUCUGAAGUCAAUCUUACGGAUACUACUCGGGGUCAAUACGGAGGGUUUCUUGAUAUAGAGCCUGGGCUUGAUGAUGAUAUAUUCGUUAAUGGGGCUUAUCCAGCAAGUAUUUUGCGAAUUAGCAACGAUAAUAAGGUCUCGCCUUACUUCGUAUCGAAGCCGACAACACCCCCUCGGACAUAUGGCUUCGGUGGACUAGCACGGUAUGGGCACCUCCUUAUCACAAACGACAACCCGCAUCACCAGCUAGUCAAGUUCGAUCUUGGUACCCACAACAUAGCGACACCAGUAGUCAUUCCACAGACUACAUAUCACAAUUUCAGUGCCGGAACAUCGCUUCGCCUGCCGCAAAAGUACAGAGGGAAUGUUUUGUUACAGACAGAAUCCAAUGUGGCACAGAAUAUCACCGGAGUGUCUGUUUGGAGUACUGCUGAUAGUUGGCAAACGGCUGAGUAUCAUGGACUAAUCGAUGGCCGUAACGACUUUGAUGGGUUCGCACCAGCUAUAAGUCAGGUUGAUGUUAGAGAAAUUAUGGGCAGGAUUUAUUCGAGUAUACUCUUCUACGACAACACUGUCAACCCAACGAUGGCCGGUAACAGGUCCAACUUCAUGCUCAGAGACAUCUCGAGCAAGGUUGAUGCGUUGCUAAAGUAG